AUGGAGCAGGACGGUACUGUGAUCGAUGUCGCGGAUGCCGGAAAGCGUGCAAGCCGCGCCGACUCCUCCGGUCACUUUUGCGGCAGUGUCGGCGAAGAGAGCCUGGAGUACACAGACGUCAGUCUUAACACGUCGCUCAGGAACGGUACCUCUUCGACAGGAGGGCAGGGCGAUCGGCACUACGCCUCCCUGUACGGCGCCGCAUUUCAUAUCUUCAAGGCCAACGUUGGCGCGGGGGUGUUUCUCUUGCCCACCUACUACCAAGACGCGGGCUACCUUGUUGGCGGCCUCUUGGUUGUGCUGCUGGGCGCACUCAUGAUCGAAUGCACCGUCUCGUUGCUGCACGUGAAGCACCGCAUCAACCACGUUGAGGUGAAGACGUACCCUGCAGUCGUCGAGUUUGUUCUGGGGGAAUACUUUAAAAAAUUCGUGCAAUUUUCCCUCGUUUUCACGCAGUUUGGAUUUUGCAUUAUGUUCCUGCAGUACGCCUCGUCCAUGUUUGCGGCAUUCUUCAACGAGAGUUGGGCGUACAAAGUAUUUGUCGGCGUGAGCACCGUCGUCGUGACCCCGAUGACCCUCAUCUCAAACAAGUUGCACGUUCUCGUCUACGCGUCAAUACUAGCCGGCAUGUUUGUGCUUGCUGUGCUGUCAGGGAUAACUGUCGUGGAUAUCGAGAGGCUGUCGCGUGCCGGCAUUGCCAAAGGUGUGAGGGCGGCUAUUCCGACCCCCCGGCUCAUUGUAUUUAUCUCGGGACACAUGUUUUCGCUGGAGGGCAUUGGUGUGGUUCUCCCUGUCGAAAACAGCGUUGCACCAGAGAAUCGCGCCCAGUUUGGUAAGGUACUGCGCUAUACCCUUCUGGCCAUCGUCACAUUCUACGUUUUUUUCGGGGUGCUCGGCUACGCGGCCUACGGGGAGAAACUGCACACUUCCGUCGUGCUGGCACUGCCGCCGAGUGGUGUGAAGCAGACUCUGCAGGUGCUGCUGGGACUCAGUCUCAUUUUCGGCUUUCCCAUCCAGUAUGUCCCUGCUAUCCAGGUUAUGGACAGGGCGUUUGGUGUGAGCAUCACCAGUGACAAGAAGGAGGCAUUUCUUUUACGUGUGGCGCUCAACGCCUCUUUUGGACUUGUGGCGGUCUUUGUCGGCAGUGACACCAUCAACAUUUUUGCCAGCUUUCUCGGCUCCUUUGCAGGGGUACAUCUCAUGGUGACGGUGCCCGCGCUGCUUGCUCUGCAGAUCGACCACGCGCUGAAGGGAGACAAGGAGAAGUAUAGCUGCAGGGAGUACCUCCUGCUGUUAUUCGAGGGUCCUUACACGAUCGCUCGAUCCCAAUACUACGUCUACCUACUCUUAGCAGUUGUAGUCUGGUUUGGUGGUCUGUACUACACCUUGGUCUCCAUCUUCGAGAGGUAG